CCGAAGCUGAAGGUCACGACUUACAACAUGGCGCUAUCCACGGAGCAAAAGGCCGCAGUGCAACUUUCAAGAUUAUUUAUCUCGCGAUGUUCCCCAGGAAGCUAUUUAACAAGAGCAAUUUCUACCAAGAGCACACCAGACUGCUUUAGAAUUUCUUUGCAAGUCAAUUCAGGGCCACCAGUAAAGAAAGUGCACGUAGACCAUCGUAUUUUGACUCCAGCCAGGCAGGAGAAGCUGGCGAAAGAGAGAGAGAAGCUCAUGAGACGAUUAGAAAAGAAUGCUGGUCAGAAAAAACCUAUAGAAGAAGUGGACAACUGGCAGCUGCAGUCCCAACUAAUGACGAGAGCACGAUGGUCUGUUAUCACCCCAGAGGCACAGGAGACGCGUGCUGUUUUACUACGAGACUGGAGCAGAUACAGAUUUAUUGAACACAAGAAAGUUAAUAAAGCGAUUAACAUAGCUAGAGCAUCUAGAGACAGGGCACUCCUAGAGCUACAAAAGGAAUCUGAAGAAUUAUAUCAAAAAGCUAUACAGCCUGACAAGACGUUGACACCGUACACCUUCAAAGGACCCAAACACUCCCCGCCCAUCCCUGGAUACCAGCCAGAAGAUGGCUUUUGGGAGGACGCCACUCCGACCUAUGAAACGCCAGAGGAAUUAAAACAGUUUAAAAUAUAAGCACCUUUACAUUCAGUACUGCAUUGGAUUGGAUCGGAAAUGUCUGACAUCUGAAUUCAGCAAUUUGGUUAUGACUAGAAAUACGGAUUGAAGAACUGAGGGAUUUUUAAUAGGGAAAAAAUGUAAGAAACAGACACUGGGUUUUAACAGGAAACAAAAAUUUUCAAUUCUGGGUAGUCUUGGAUUUGAAGUUGGACUGAAAUAUCAGGCAUCAGCACUUGCAGAUCUCCCUUGAAGUGGAAAUAUAGGCUGUGGGCAAAAUUCCAACUUAAAGUUUUCUUCUUAUUUCCCAGCAGUUUCCAAGAUCAACCAUUCUCUUGAAUUGAAAAAAAAAAUUGAAUUCAAUCAUGUGAUGAAGUAAUCAUGUAUCAGAGAAGAAUAGAUUUGAAUAAUUAUAUGGUAUAAUUGCUGGGAAUUUUCAUCAUUGGAAUUAACGGUUAUGUGGCUCAGAUAAGAAAAAAAGCUUUCAUUAUAGCUGGUACUGAGAAAUGCCAGAUAAAGCACAGACACAUUUGGACAAAGGUGCAAAACACUUUUUUCAAAGUGCUGAAGCUUUUUGUACAUGCACAAAGAAUUAUGCUAUUUUCAUGAUAUGUAAAUAGUCUGAAGAUUGUCAUGUGCAGUUAUGAAUAUAAGUUGUUAGUAGCGCGCUCUCUAAUAAAAACAGAAUUUAAAAAGAAACAAACAUCUCAAAGCUUGCCUAAUUAUGAAAAGUUGAAAUGUAUAUGAUAUUUCAUUUGUUAUCACAGUUAAUAAAUUUAUGAAUUACUGUCA